AUGGAGCCUUCCAGCAAGAAACGACGUCUCGCACCCAAAGUUCCAGAGCAAUCUACUCAAGAACAGUCUCCUCAAGCUAGAUACGAUUAUAAGGCUAUGCCGAACCUACAAGAGCCCGCACCUUCGAGUGAGCGAAGCGAUUUCGAGUCUUUCGCCCGUCAUUUACAAGAUGCAGCAAUGCUUAUCUAUGCGCAAGCAAAUCGAUCUCCAUAUAAGGGCGUUACAGUACUUUUGUUGCGAUGGGAAGAAGAUUUGAGUGUUGAGCAAGAUCUUUUGCUCUUGCAGAAGGUUUUCCAAGAACGCUUUAAUUUUCAUACCGAGUCCUGGAAUAUCCCUAGUGGUCCAAAUCCUAACAUUAAACUUGUGAAGCAACUUGCACAUCAUAUUGAAUCAACUGCGCCUAAUAAUCUUUUAAUCGUAUAUUAUGCAGGUUAUGGGUUUGUGGGAUCGGAUCAUCAAUUGUAUUGGGCCUGCAAUUCACACGAAGAUGCUCCAAAAUUUAAGUGGGAAGGUAUUAAAUAUUUACUCGAAGAUGCGCAGCCUGAUGUUCUACUUUUACUUGAUUCUUGCGCAACUACAGAUUCAUCUGUUGCGGGAAGCCAAGGCAUCAAGCAAGGUAUUGCUGCAUAUAGUCCAGAACAGGCUACACGUGAACCAGGAACACGUUCAUUUACUUAUCACUUGUCGGAAGCUCUUAAUAAACUUGGUACUGGCCGUCCUUUCAGUACGCAAAGACUCCAUGAGGAGAUCAUUUCACAAAAGCACAAUGGAUUUCUGGCACACACUGGACUUACAAAUGGAGCAGGAAAGGCAGCUUCGGCCAACGAGCGAAUGCCAGUAUCUUUCUCCUUGACCCCUGGAUCAUUACAAAGCAUUUCGCUAUCUCCUCUGAGCCAGGCCCCAAGAUCAAGCACUUCGAUAGCAUCGCCAACGGAUUCACCAGAGAACAAUGCCUCAGGAUCAAGCAUUGAGGAACCAAUCAAGGCCAACUCGAAUUCCGACCUAACUUUUGAAGAAGUCAGAGCAUUAGUUUGUACUACUUUUGUUGGAGAGCCAAGUCAAGACAUGGCAUCUUUCAAGCAGUGGCUUCACAAUACCCCUUUGGCAGCAUCAAAAAUCGCAGUCGAAGGGAUGUUCCACGGGCCACCUACCAUUCUCCUCGUUUCUAUGCCAAUCGCGGUAUGGAACGUUUUGGCUGCCGAAGGAAUCUGUUUGUUCUUGGGUUACAUCAAUUCUCACAACAUGACAACAGAUUAUCAACAUUUGAUUGGAGCAAUUUCCCCUAUGAGCAAAGCCGCAACUACCAAGGAGCUGGAAGAUGGGAAAAUACUUCUUGAAGCUCGUGAGGCCGCUGCAUCCACACCACUAAUGACUAGACAUGAACCAGUUCAGCAAGAGCCAACUAGACAACCAGAAGUAGUCCAUCAAACACCCUCAAGACAAGACCCAAUCAAUUCCACUCCUCAAUCAAUCCCCCAAGUAUUGUAUCCUGAUACUAGUACAGCAAAUCUUCCCGAGCAUACAGAAGACGUCGAAACCUCAGUAGAGAUGCAUGAAGCAGCCGAACAACUGAAGGCUUUGAGUCAUGUACGACACCUCAGCCACGAUAAUCUGACUCCAAAUGAUCGAAACCACUCUCACAUAACUUCCGAAGAUUCCCCAGGUCCCAGAAGUGGCCGGGAAGAAUCAGCAUCAUCUCAAGAUCAAGGUGAAUCUGGAGCCGAAGAUCAAAUGUACAACUCAGAGUUCAAUUCACCUGCCUCUAGACCCAAGCCCCGGAGAUCGUCACAAAAGCAAGGCCCCAAGCAAGAUACCCGAUGUUCAAUGUGCAGUCAUGCACCAUUUAAAGAUUCGUCUUCCUUGAGAAAACAUAUCGCCGCUGCACAUACAAGACCAUUCCCGUGUGCUUUCUCUUUUGCCGGAUGUGCGAGCACUUUUGGCUCUAAGAAUGAGUGGAAACGACAUAUUGCUUCUCAGCAUCUUUGCUUGACAUUUUAUCGCUGCUCUUCUUGUCCUCAAAGCACUGCCGAAGGCAAAGGUAACGAAUUCAACCGCAAGGAUCUAUUUACCCAACAUCUCCGACGUAUGCAUGCACCUUUUGCAAUCAAGAAAGCUCUUGCUAAAGGAGACUCCAAACUUCAAGUGGAAUGGGAAACUCAUGUUAAGGAAAUGCAAGCCUCGUGUUUAGUAACUAGAAGACAGCCACCUCAAAGAUCCGCAUGCCCUAAAGCAGAUUGCUCAAACGUGUUCGAGGGCGCAGGUAGUUGGGAUGACUGGACUGAACAUGUUGGUAGGCACAUGGAAAAAGGCGAGGCGAACAGAUUAGGCGUUGAUAAGUUUUUGGCGAGAUGGGCACUUGAUGAAGCAAUAAUCGAGCCUAAGGGAGAUGGAUCUAAUGAAUACAGGUUAUGCGGUACGGAGAGAGAAGGUGGCGGUGUGUUGACUGGCAAUGGGAAUGCAAGUGGCUACUAUUCAGAUGGCGGAAAGAAGGAAAUAGAAAGUGCCAAAGAUGGAAUGGAAAGUCUCAUGGGGUUGACGGGUGAUAGUAUGAUCAUCGAUGGUUGA